AUGAUGAGCCUCGUCGAUGCAGAAUAUGACAGCGAGGAUGACAGCGAGAGCGUUGCUGAGAGUGAGGAAGGCAGCGCGGAUAGCGGGGACAGCGAGGGUAGUGACGGGUUGGCAGAGUGCGGCGCAAGUGAGGCCGAGGCAAUCCUGGACGCGGAAGCAGCACUGGCAGCCGGCGCAACGUUCGCGCUCGAUGAGCUUCCGGCGCCAAGCAGCAGCUCUCUCGGCGCGGCUGAGGCCGCCCGGAUGCCUGCGGCAGAGCUGGUGAGCAGCAGCGAUGGGGAGAGCAGCGACAGCGAGGACGUGCUUGAGCCCGCCGCAAAGAGUGCUCGGGCGUGCCCCGCCGAGCCGGGUCAAGUGGACGCGAUGCGCGAUGACGAGGACGACGAGGAGGAGAGCGUGCGUGGCGGCGCCGCUCAGUCUGCGGAGGCCGGCGAGAAAACAAGGCAUGAGCAGCCGGCACCGGAGGCGCCCGCCUCGCUGCCUGUGGGGGAGCAGCUCGAGCGGGCGGCGGCUGUGGUCUCCCUGCUCGAUGACAUGGCAGUGCUGAAGGCACUCCCCGGGCUGCCGCCGCUCGCCGAGGCGUCGCUGCUCUGCCUUCCUCCCUCCUCGGGCGCGGAGGCGGUCCAGGUGCUUGGGCGAGUGGCGGAGAUCUUUGGACCCGUCUCGGCGCCCCUCUACUCGGUGCGUGUCGGAGACACCGACCGUCUCCGCCUCUCUGUUGGCGACGAGGUCUUUGUCGCACCGGCGCACUCGUCCUUCCUCGCCCCGUCCGCAAUCAAGCAAGGCAAGGGGACCGACGCGAGCGGCGCGGAUGACGACGAGUGCCAGCUCGACGAGCAGGACUUCUCGGACGACGAGGCGGAGGCGGAGUACAGGCGGAAGCGCAAGCUGGCGCAGGCGGCGGCAGCGGGUCCCGGGGGCCUUCCCCCGGUCCUGAACAAGCUCGGGCUGGUUCUCGCCCCUUCCGGGGGCUGUUCCCCGCCCACGUAG